AUGUUGCGAUCUUUUUCUCGAUCAGCAUGCAGAGUAACAGCGAUUCAAAGGCGAUUUAUCACGUCCAAAGGAUCUAAACUUCUCAAGCCUGCUUCAGACACUCAUAUGUCUAUGGAGUCUAGUCAGAACUCCCUAGGAGCCCAUGGCGGUCUCGAUUUCAUGAAAUCGUCGCAAAUAAGCAUGUCACCAGGUUUCGAUCCGUACGAUAUGUCUCACGCAUCGGCAGUCAAGAGUAUGACACAAUCAAGAGAUGUUAUGCAAUUAUGGUCCUUACUGGAGGCUUGUCUCUAUUCCAAAUAUAUGAAAAGAGCCUUUUCUAUUCUUCAGUCGCUUUAUUUGGUGGGACCUCAUAGACAUUAUUUCAUCGAUGAUUACAACAUGUAUCUGGCUAGCUAUGUGGAGAACGGGUUUGCCAAGUCCAUCGCUGAUCUAGAUCGCAAACUUUCGGAUGAUUUACAGAAUAGCUUUCCGGCAUGUGAGUACAACGAUAAGACGCUCUCGAUAAUGAUACACAACGCCCUGCGAUCGGAAGAGGUGAACGACUCGGUGCUUAGAAGUAUCAACACAUACCUGAAAAUGAAUAUGAAGGGUAUCAAGAGUAUAAUAUCGCAUGUCGACGUGUUGACUGUUCGAGACUAUGAGAUUCUUUUGGGAGAGCUGAAGGUAAUCAAAUCAAGCGACAUUCCCGAUGCCACAAGAGUGCUGGUUGAGAAGAAUAUUUCCGCGAGACAGCCAGCCUCAGCAGACGAAGAAGGCCAAGAAAGUCCAGUACUCAACCGCACUAAUACCCUAAAUGAUAAAAGAUCAGCUCCCUCGCGCGUUGAGGACUUAACGAAGGGUAUAGAACCUGCCAAAAUGGCAGAAUUAGAAGUUGAGUCUUCGAUAAGUUUGGAUGAGGCGGUCCAGUCACUUGAGAAAGACGCAGCAAAACUGACUGCUGUGGACACCCUUGGGAUGCGGGUGGUGAGGCAUACGUUGCUGGGACUUGAUUUGAAUGAAAAGCAAAGAGAGAAAAUUGCGCAGUUUCAUUUUAAAGCAGAGGAGAAUCUGUUAAAUCUUGACCAAAAGAGUUCUAUUGAUUUUUUCGAAAUUUACCGAUCCUUGAAAAGUGAUGCAGAGAGAGCUAAGUUCGAUGAGAUAUUGGAGAGCUUUAACCAAGAGAGGCAGAAAGCGUUAGAGAAUCGUGCUACAGAUGCAGCAAAGGAACGCUGGAAGCACGAUUUUGAAGAGGCUAGAGCAAGGGGCGAUAUAUCAAUUGAAAAGAGACUUAACGUAAAAUUGUGGAAAUGGUAUAAUGCUAUGUUACCGCUGUUGAAAGAAGAAGUUAAAAAUAGUGCUGAAGUUAUGUCGGGAAAAGUCAAAAACUCGACGAAGCGCCUCAGUCAAGAAGAAAUCAAGCAGAAUAGAGCGAGGUUGGACUAUGGUCCUUACUUACAACUAGUGGAACCUGAGAAGAUGUGUGUUAUUACUAUAUUAGAGCUUUUGAAAUUGAACUCAACUGGGGGGGUUAUCGAGGGAAUGAGGACCGCAAGGGCGGUCAUAUCGGUUGGAAAAGCUAUAGAGAUGGAGUUCCGCUCUGAACAGUUAUUGAAGAACGAAUCCCAGCUAUUCAAGGAUGUCAACAAAAAAUCUCACGAAUUCAAGAAAUAUGUUCAAAGAGCUAAGUCGAAAUUCAGAUCCUACAAGAUCGAAGAAUCGAAAGUAGUGUGGCCACAAGCUGCUCGUGCUAAGAUCGGAUCCAUCAUGAUUUCCAUGUUGAUUCAUGUUGCUAAAGUUGAUCUGGAGGGUAUAGAUCCCGUCACAAAGCAAAAGGUUUACGGGGAGGCACCGGCCUUCUCACACGGAUAUCAGUAUCAUAACGGCUCUAAGCUCGGCGUUCUCAAGAUCCACAGAUCAUUAAUCCAACAGCUGAACGGCGAAAGACUGAUCGCAUCUGUCCAGCCUCAACUUUUGCCAAUGCUGGUCAAACCAAGAGAUUGGAAGAAUUGGAAGUCCGGCGGUUAUUACUAUAACCAAUCGUCGUUGAUCAGGUCGAAAGAUUCUCCUGAACAAAUGGCAUAUUUGAAAGCCGUUUCCGAUGCAAAUGCAAUUGACACGGUGUAUAAAGGUUUGAAUGUUCUCGGGGAAACUGCUUGGACCGUUAAUCGAAAAGUUUUCAACAUUAUGUCAGAAGUGUGGAAUAGCGGGAAGGAUUUUCUAGAUAUCCCAGGAAUCCAAGAAAAGCUGGAACUUUUGCCGCCUCCACCGAGGGACGCUGAUCCAUCAGUUCACAGAGAGUGGAAGUUAAAGAACAAGGAGCUUGCAAAUAAGUUCUCAAGUAAUAGAUCGAUUAGAUGUGACUCGAACUAUAAACUUGAAAUAGCUAGGGCUUUCUUAGGGGAAAAGUUUUAUUUUCCCCAUAAUCUGGAUUUUCGAGGCCGUGCUUAUCCUCUUUCUCCACACUUCAAUCAUUUAGGCAAUGAUAUGAGCAGAGGAUUGCUAAUAUUCUGGAAGGGAAAAAGAUUAGGGCCACAAGGCCUUACGUGGUUGAAAGUACAUCUUUCGAACCUAUUCGGCUUUGAUAAGGCUCCGUUAGUUGAACGGAUUUCAUUUGCUGAGAGCCAUUUAGAAGAUAUUAGAGACAGUGCUGAAAACCCGCUUAACGGCAAAGGCUGGUGGUUAAAGGCGGAUAAACCUUGGCAAGCAUUGGCUACUUGUAUUGAGUUAAAUGAAGCUUAUAAGUUAGAAAAUCCAGAAGACUUUAUUUCCCACCAACCUGUCCAUCAAGAUGGUACAUGUAACGGUUUACAGCAUUAUGCUGCUCUCGGUGGAGAUAUUGAAGGUGCGACACAGGUUAAUUUGAUACCAAAUGAUCGCCCUCAAGACGUCUAUAGUCAUGUUGCGAAAUUAGUGCAAGCCAGGCUUGAGGCUGCCGCUGCGAAGGGAGAUGAGCAAGCCAAAGUUUUAAGAGACAAAAUCACAAGAAAGGUUGUUAAACAAACUGUCAUGACAAACGUUUAUGGAGUUACAUACGUUGGUGCUACUCUGCAGAUCGAAAAGCAGCUCUCGAAUAUAUUCGAUGAUCGUAAAUAUUCUCUCGAGCUGUCAAAGUAUCUAGCAAAGCACGUAUUUGCUGCUGUACGCGAGUUAUUCCAUGGAGCACACUUGAUCCAAGACUGGCUUGCUGAAUGUGCGAAUAGAAUAUCAAAAUCCAUCAGAUUAGACGUUGAUGAGAAAUCGUUCAAAAAUGGCAAUAAGCCCGAUUUCAUGUCAUCGGUUAUAUGGACGACACCUCUCGGUCUGCCAAUUGUACAACCAUACAGAGAAGCUACCAAGAAGCAAGUUACAACGAACUUGCAAACGGUGUUCAUCAGCGACCCAUUUUCCGUGAACCCUGUCAACGCCCGUAGACAAAAAGCCGGAUUCCCACCGAAUUUUAUCCAUUCUCUUGAUGCGUCCCAUAUGUUGCUAUCAGCUGCUGCGUGCGGCGAUCAGGGGCUAACGUUUGCUUCUGUACAUGACUCUUAUUGGACACACGCUUGCGAUGUGGAUUUGAUGAAUUCCAGCCUCAGGGAGCAAUUCAUUAAGCUACAUGAGGUUGAUUUGAUAGAGAGGUUGAAGAAUGAAUUUGACGAGCGCUAUAAAAACUAUGUUCAGAUAGCCAGAAUCGAUAGACGAUCCGUGCUCGCCAGACGGAUUAUCGACAUAAGGUCGAAACUUUCCAAAGAACUGGGAAGGCCUGCCACUUUAGCUGACGAAAUAUACAUGGAAAAGAAGAGGUCUCAGCUAUUAGAAUCACAGAGCUUGGAGGACCAAGAGAAAGGGAAACAGAUGGUUACAACUGUUUCAGUUGUUGAAACGAUCUCGAAUUUGAAGGAGCUUGAAACGAAGAAGACAGACGGAAGUGCGCUAAUGAUUCUAGUGCCAAUGAAGCUUCCAGAGAUUCCUCCAAAAGGAAAUUUUGAUGUCCAGGAUCUGCGGAACAGCAGGUACUUCUUCUCCUAA